AUGCUUGAGAGUAGCGCUACAGAUGCUGAGGCUGUCUUCAAGGUCCUUGAGGAGGUGUACGGUGACAAAGUCCCUGUAGGUACAAGGCUAAGAGAGUUCUACGACCGCAAGCAAGUAGCUGGUGAAAAGAUUAGAGCAUUUGCUUAUGACCUCCAGGAGAAACUUCGUCGAUUAAUAAGACGUGAUGAAAAGCGCUUCCAAGAUUCGGAUUCAGUGCUCAUGGAGCAGUUUGUGUUGGGUUUGCAUGACGAUUCCUUACGCAGAGAGAUGAAGCGGCAGAUCAAGGCGAAGGAAUCUAAAAAAAUCAGUGAGCUCAUGCAGGCCGCCAUCGACUGGUCAGAAGAGGAAGAAGUUCUGUCAGCUGGCCCAGCAAAGAACUCCAACCGGGGCACUGUAAGCGCUGCCUCUGCUGAAAGUAACUCUUGUGCUGGGCUCUCAUUGCAGUCACUGCAUGAAUCCAUACAAAAGCUUGCAGCAAGACAGGAUGAGCUUUUUACUGCGCUGCAAAGAGCUGGACAGCGCAAUAACCCACAAGGGGAGGCGAGAAAACCACCUCUACGAGACCAAGAGGGCAGACUGAUCUGCUAUACCUGUGGUCAACCGGGACAUACAAGCCGUAAUUGCCCACAGAGAAGGGGGGUCCUGCCCCAAGCUAAUGCCCCAGUUACUGAGCCAAAGCAGACUGAGCAGGCACAAGCCAAAAUGAGCACAGCCACUGCAAAACCCAGCAUACUCCCUUCUAAUCAGUCAGGGGUAGAACAGAUUGAAGACCCGCAAAAUGCUUUCGGCAAUUGUUUUACAAUAGAUGUACUGAUAGAUGGGGUGAGGACCUGCUGCCUGCUAGAUACUGGGUCAGAAGUGACUACUAUUUCCGAGGCUCACUUUAAAAGGCAGUUUGAGGGAAAGACCCUGUCGCCUGCAAAAUGGGUUAAGUUAACUGCCGCCAACGGCUUGGACAUCCCCAUAAUUGGGUGCCUGUAUGCUGAUAUUGAGUGCCUGGGAAAGAAGCUUCCAGGAAAGUGUGUGUUUGUGCUUCGAGACGAGACUGACAACACAGGUGGAACCCCAGGCAUACUGGGCAUGAAUGUGCUCGGCGAGCUUCGUAGCCUAUUUACUGGCUUAGAUGGGGUGCAGCAGAUGGAGAGGCAUGGCCAGCGGAGUGGGGGUGCGAGCCUUCAUCGUGUCUUUGUGGAAAUGGGCAAAGAAGAGCAACUGGUGGACCGCAAUGGGAGAAUUGGCUUUGUCAAAGUGGGUGGUAGGCGGGCUGUCAUCAUUCCCCCCCGCAGUGAAACAGUCAUUGCAGGGCGCUGUCGGGUGUCCCCUAAAAUAAAAUGCCAAGUCCUGGUGGAGGCUUCGCCCACUGUGAACACACCUCCUGGGCUGUUGGUAGCCAACGUUUUGGCAAACUCCGUGGGUGGGAAGGUCCCAGUCCGAAUAAUGAACCCAAGCCACAAGCCCAUUGUUUUGCCUCCUAGAACAAGAGUGGCUGAGCUGUGUAAGCCACACAAAGUGCUGCCCAAGGAGGUGGUGGCGUUUGAAGAGGCAGCAGGUGAACUUCGAGUCAAAGCCAUUGUGAGCCAGGUGCAACCUAAGUUGGAAGAAUCAGGGCCAUUGGCCGUCCCUGUGCAAGCAGAUCUGCAGGGCCUCACGCCAGACCAGGUACAUCAGCUCAACCACCUGUUAGAGAAGCACCAUGCUGUGUUUUCACGAAACGAUGGAGACUAUGGCUACACCACUACUGUAACUCACUGUAUCCCCACUGGCAGUGCUCACCCCAUUAAACAAAGACAUCGUCGGGUGCCACCCCACGUGUUCCAAGAAGUGAAGCAGCAUGUGCAGGAUCUAGUUGCACAGGGAGUGCUCAAGGAGAGCUGCAGUCCAUGGGCGUCCCCGGCAGUUGUAGUCAUGAAGAAAGAUGGGUCAGUACGGUUCUGUUGUGAUUACAGAAGACUCAAUAAUGUGACGCACAGAGACGCGUACCCCCUCCCUAGAGUGGAGGAGUCAUUGGACGCUCUGGGCCAGGCACAGCUCUUUUCGUCUCUGGACCUCACUGCCGGGUACUUUCAAGUAGCUGUAGCUGGCCAGGACCAGGAGAAAACGGCUGUAACAACACCAUUUGGGCUGUAUGAAUGGACCCGCAUGCCAUUUGGGCUCUGUAACGCCCCCGCAACAUUUCAGCGCCUAAUGGAAGUUGUGCUGGGGGACAUGGCUUUUGAAAUGCUGCUGAUCUACCUGGACGAUGUCCUUGUGUUCUCGAAAGACUUUGAAAGUCACUUGCAGCGCUUAGAUCUCGUGCUUGGUCGGCUGCAGGAACACGGGCUCAAACUCAAGCCUAAGAAGUGUUUCUUGUUCAGAAAGGAGGUCAGGUUUCUUGGCCAUGUGGUCUCGGCAGAAGGGGUUCAAGUGGACAUGGAAAAAGUGAAGGUACUGGAAGACUGGCCUGCCCCACAAUCUGUAAAAGAAGUCCGUCAAGUAGUUGGCUUUAUGUCUUACUACAGGCGGUUCGUUCCCCGUUUUGCUCAGUUAGCAAGGCCCCUACAUGCUCUGAUGGGCAAACAGAAAAAGGGUGCUCUUCCGGUGCAUUCGGGACCCCAGGGAUGGUGA